AUGGCGGCCCUGGCGCGGAGCCGCUCGACGGAAACAAUUCCAAACGAUAUCAUGCUCGAGUAUUAUAUGCAUGCGUCGCCGUGUCGCUUACGACAUCAUGUCAGCACGGAGUGGCCAAACUCGCCCGGCAUCUGGAACAGCGCGCAAGCAGCUGGGUGGAAGAGGAUCGUCGACGCUGUGCACAAGGAGGGCGGGCGCAUGUAUUGCCAGCUUUUCCACACUGGACGUGUAUCGCACCCCGAAGCGCCUCACCAAAUUGCAUCGGGAGAGCCUAUCUGGGGGCCUUCCGCGAUUCGCGCCGCAGGAGGGAAGUUCCGAUUCCUGCCAGGUGUACCGGGCUAUCAGAUGCCGACGGAGAUCCCAGACCCAAUGAAGAUCGUAGAGUUGUUCAGGAUUGCUGCAUUGCACGCGAAAGACGCCGGAUUUGAUGGUGUCGAGAUGAUCCAUCAAUUUAUGGAUCCCAGCGCAAACCAGCGUACCGAUAAGUGGGGUGGCAGUCCGGAGAACCUCGUAUGCGAGAUCUGGGGUCCGAACGUUGGACUCAAGAUAAACCCUGGGGGCGGAUACAACGACAUGGGCUUUCCACUCGACGAGACCAUCGCGUCGUUCGGCUAUCUUCUCGCCAAGGUUGACAAGAUGGGGCUUGCAUACGUCUGCAUCUUGCAGUACCUCGAUUACUUCGAUACCGCCAAGCGCGGGACGGCGCACGACGUGUGGGAGACGUACGCGCCGUUCCUCAAGAACACGCCGGUAAUCCCCAACGGCGGGGUCACCCCAGAGCAGGCGCUCGAGUGGGUCGAGAGCGGGAAAUAUCCCGCGGUUUUCAUCGGCAUCCCGUGGAUCUCGCACCCAGAUUUGACCCGCCGCGUCAAGGCUGGAAAGCCGCUCGACAAUCCGUUGGACGGUCCACAUACCCAUGGCGGGAAUUUCGAGCCGUCGAUUGGGUACUUGGACUACCCCGAAGCCACGUAUGAUUAAUAUUAGAGAUUGACGAAAAUAGGAGCCAGCACAUUUC